AUGGAAAGUAUCACUCAGUUUGCUCUAGACUUGGAAGCCUUUUUUAGGCCCGAAGAGGAGCGCAUUGUCACAUGCUUUCAUACGCCCAUCAACGAAGACCAUGAUUGUGGUACAGAUGGCAGGGGAUCACCUGCUACGUUGGCUGCAGCAUUUCAUGUACGCAAGAACUACUAUGAAGACGGUAUGAUUUCGUCUUCUCCGUCUCCAGUCAGUGUCCAUUCCUACCUGGAGGCGCACGAUUGGAGCAGUGAAACUGACUCGCAUGAUGACAAGAGAGGUAGAGAGUAUGACCAAGAGUCAGAGGACGGAUCUACCGCCGGCACACUAGCCAGUGCGCACUCUUCUCUAUUGCUGUCAUCGCCAGUAACACCGGACAGGUCUGCUGGAAGUGACAGCGAUGUAUGGUAG